GCCAUUGAGAAGAGCUUUCCACUUGCUGGGAGUGAAGGGGAAUUUUUCAGUCCCUGGCAAUUGUGCGAGGAAAUGACUAUUGUUGCCGACUCAAAAGACCGUAGAAAGAACUUUAAUUUCCCUGCUCUGUUUGAUGCUUCUGCAACUCCAAACUGUUUUUCAUUGCAAAUAUUCAGCUGACUGUCCGCUGUUGCUGCUUCUAGGUUUCUUUCAUUUUACUCUUUCUUCCUGUAUCCCCCAUGUUUCCUCUCCAUUGAGUGUUUGAAGUUGUUUUUCAUGAGAUUUUUGUUUCAAAACUAACUUUAUUUUCUCUUCAGGGCAUUGAUGUAUUCACUAAUGUUUGCAACAUCUCCGAACAUAGUAUCCUCUGUGAAUUAACUAACAUGCUGUUUACCCUUUCUUCCAGAUCCAGUUUCUGAUCCUACUUCCACAUUUGGGAGUAUGCAAGGGACAAACGCAUCUCUUUGCGUAGCUUGACUGGAUAUCCCAAGACUAGGAUGAGCACUUAGUCAGUCUGGAUGAGCCAGCCUCAGAAGCUGGACAAGAAGCUCUGCUUAGACAAGAGCAAGCAAAAAUCAUUCGUUUUGAAAGGCAAGCGGAAGAGUUCCUCAAUGCAGUCUUUUACAGAAAAGACAGUCCUAGGGUCUCUGACCCCAAUAUUCCCCUAGUGGCCCGUGAGAUCAUGCAGCGAAUGAUCCGACAGUUUGCUGCUGAAUAUACCUCAAAAAAUAGCUCUACUCAGGACUCCAGCCAGCCCAAUAGCACAAAGAACCAAAGCCUGCUGAAAGCAUCUCUGGUCGCCUCCUCUCCCACGGCUGCAACUGCUCAGAACCCUGUGCUCAGCAAACUUCUCAUGGCUGACCAAGACUCACCUCUGGACCUUACUGUCAGAAAGUCUCAGUCAGAACCUAGUGAACAAGACGGCGUGCUUGAUUUGUCCACUAAGAAGAGUCCUUGUGCCGGCAGCACCUCUCUGAGUCAUUCUCCAGGAUGCUCCAGUACUCCAGGAAAUGGGCGACCUGGGAGACCCAGCCAGCACCAUCCAGAGGGACUACAGAGUGGUGAUGGGGUACCUCCAAGAAGCUUGCAGGAUGGAACCAGGGAAGGUUAUGGCCACUCUACAUCUCUUAAAGUACCGCUGGCUCGAUCACUCCAGAUUAGUGAAGAACUGCUGAGCAGAAACCAGUUUUCUACAGCUGCCAGCCAUGGGCCAUCUGGACUACAGAAUCAUGGACAGCACUUAAUAUUAUCCAGGGAGGCUUCUUGGGCAAAACCACACUACGAAUUCAAUUUCAGCCGCAUGAAAUUCAGGGGAAAUGGUGCACUCAGCAACAUCAGUGACCUUCCUUUUCUUACAGAAAACUCUGCCUUUCAAAAAAUGGCACUUCAAACUAAACAGGAUGGGAAAAAGGACGUGAGCCAUUCGUCUCCUGUGGAUUUAAAGAUACCACAAGUUCGAGGCAUGGACCUUUCUUGGGAGUCCCGCUCUGGUGACCAGUUCAGCUAUAGCUCUUUGGUAAUGGGUUCACAAACGGAGAGCGCGCUUAGCAAAAAGUUAAGGGCUAUCCUUCCAAAACAAAACAGGAGAAGUUUGCUGGAUGCUGGACCAGAUUCCUGGGGCUCAGAUGCUGAGCAGUCUACCUCUGGACAGCCAUAUCCCACCUCAGAUCAAGAGGGAGAUGCUGGCUCCAAGCAACCUAGGAAGAAAAGAGGGAGAUACAGACAGUACAACAGCGAGAUACUGGAGGAAGCAAUCUCCGUGGUGAUGAGCGGGAAAAUGAGCGUUUCCAAAGCUCAGAGUAUUUAUGGGAUCCCCCACAGUACACUGGAGUACAAAGUUAAAGAGAGGCUGGGCACUUUGAAAAACCCUCCAAAGAAAAAAAUGAAAUUAAUGAGGUCGGAGGGGCAGGAUGUUUCAGUAAAGAUUGAAUUAGAUCCCCAGGGAGAAGCAGCACAAAGUGCAAAUGAAUUGAAAGAUGAGUAGGGAUGUUGUAGAGUGCCAAUUACUUUGCAAACUGGGUGAGCACUACUGCAUAGUUCAACCACCAUUGAGCACACCUCAUUCUCCUAUUUACUGCAAUGCUCUUUUCUUUGCGGUUUAGGAUAGACUUGUGUGGACGCAAGUGAAAGGCGUGCUCUGAAUGUCACAUUUGUAAAUUUUUUUCUAGCCUGAUAGGGCGCAGAUUCCCUCCUUCACCUGCCCACUACCCCUUUUUUCUUUUCUUUUUCUUUUUUUCCUUUUGCCUUUUGCAUGUUUCUCUGUAAUAGAGAGUUGAGUUACCUCAUAAAGAAUGCAGAUCUGUGGAAGUGGACAUCUUGCCUGUACAGCCCACCUGACCUCCCGCUGUUGGAUAUUUUUCGUAUCUGUCUUUAUAGAAAUAAGUCCACUUUGUUAAGCUGGUAGUCUCUUAAAACCAGGUUUUUUGAAUGAGAAUCAGACUGUCGUUCUUCAAAAUGUUUCAGAAAUCUUUUUCCCCUUCCUUUUCUUUGAUCCAGUUGGUUGAAAGAUUUAAGCUAAAUCAAGUUAUUUAGGAAUGGCACCUCUCUUGAACUCGGAGAUUUGCUUAUUCGGUGGCUAAUCAAUUGGGUCUCAUUAGGCUCUCCGCUAUUUUCUUUCUAAAUUCAACGUGCUUACCAUUCGCUGUCUGCUUAGUGCUCACCCGGAGGGGAGGGGAGGGAAAACUUACAAACACUACCUUCAGAAUAUGUCAGUGAAUUAUUUGUAACACUACCUUCGCUGUAAUUUUGUUAGAUAUUUUUGAAGGGUGAUAUUUGACUCACCUGCUUGAGGAUGUAGCCUUAUCUCACGGAAGACAAGCUUCUCAUGGUCAGGAGCAGUCAGGGUACACUAAAUGAUGUAUUAGGGUAUGCCUCACUAUAGCAGAAUUAAGGUUCUUUGUGACCUUCAUGCUUUUUACAGACUUGAUUUUGAGUUUACUAAACUACGUGGUUCCAACAACUAGUUUAAAUGACUCUAAUCUGGGGAUGGGGGGGAUAUGUGUAACAAACUACUGUGAUCUUGCGCAAAAAGAAAAAAAAAAAAAAGCCCACAAAGCAGUGAUCUCAAACGUUACAACCUCAGUAGUCUGCCCAAAUAUCCACAUUAGUGAAGGAGCUUGUUAAUGUUCAGGGAAGAAGUAAAACACUGGUAGCCUGACCUGGUUCAGGCUCUGUAUCAUAUCUAGCUGUAAUACUGUCAGGGUCGAACACUCAGUGAAUGGGUGUUUCCUUUUUAAAUAUUACAGUUGCCAGUAGCAGGAAAUAAUCUAAGUCCUGCUUUUUUUUGUCUUGUUUUUAUUUAACCUGUUUUGAUAGUGGUUUAGCACAUCCUAGAAUAAGCAUUUAAACACCGCAAAAGCACUCCAUAAGCCACAGAUCCUUUUUGUUUGUUUGUUUGUUUUCCAAUAUUAAUGAUAUCGUUACGUGGAGAUCCAGGCUAAGUUUUGUACAGAACUUUUAUCUUCGAGACUUUCUGCGGGAGUGGUCAGUAACUGGGUGGAGCUUACUGGACUUUCCACAACACGACCAAAUCGGAAUUGCUGGUUCUUCAGGUAGAAACAAUUCGGUCUUUAUCUGUGCAAAAGGUAGAUAGAAUUACCGCUUUUUUUCCCCACUUGCACAACCAAAAUAAGCAUUGGAGUUUUUGUGUGAGAGCAUUAAGUGACGUCAGUGAUUGAAAACGGUUUCUACAAGUUCAUGGGAGGGUGGCCUUAGGCGGUGCUAGGGAUGCUGAAUGACCUCGGGAGCAGUCGGUUCUGUUAGCCUCUCCCCCUCCCCAGCAACUUUGGAUUUUCAAAGGUUAGGCACACCAUUGCUGUCGUUCUGAAUAUGCACUGCUCGUUCUUGAAACGGGCUGGGCGUUUGGCCCCAGCUGUCCUUCGUUUUUGUUUACUUACUACGUUUUAGGACUCAAAAUCUUGGUUCCCCGUAGCUCUCUAGUUGUAACGCGGCAUUUCUAGCAGUGUGAGCUCAGCAGCAGUACGUAAACUCUGCGGUGCGUUCCAGUUCAGCUGAGGAGCGCAGUGAGGUGCGGUUAAACGUGGGGUUUCGUCUGCGCUAGGAAGUUUGCUGCAAGUUUAAAAGAAAAAGAAGUAACGCAGUUUUACUGUUCAGAGAGGUUUAACCUUUUGCAGCGGUCUUUAUUUAAGCAACAUGAGUUGAGUUUUAUGAAAACUUGUCACUGUAGUGUAUGUGGAGUGCUCAUUUUACUAACCUAAAUAUUUUGUAUGUGUAUGUUGAAGUGGGUGACAAUCGUGCAGCAGAAGAAUGGUGUGCCUACCCUUUAAUGCUGCAGUUUUAAAAGAGAAUUUGUCUCGUCAUUUCAGACUGUAGGCUAAGAAUUGUAAAUAGAUAGUGAGAAGUCGAGUACUCUUUAUUUGCUUUGGUUAGAAAGUGGAUAUUAAAGAACAGAAAAACAACAAACCAAACGCGUAACUUUCUCAGUUUAAACGUCCUGAGACCUGAAGAUUGUAGUACUCACGUCUGCAAAGCUUUUAAACAUAACACUUGAUCUGUGAUAACUUGAUAUUCAGGUAACCUUUCUUUUUCGAGAAGCUUUUGAACAACCGUAUUUCCUCCAAAGGUCUCUGUUGAAAAAGGAAAAAAAAAGAAAAAAGUGUAGAUUAUUUUUUAAGCACUAAUUGCAUUACGUUGGUAACUGCAAUAUAAAAUAGCCAUUAUUGUUUUGUGAAGCAUGGUUGAGAUUAGUUAGUGGUCCCUUUUUAAAAUUUCAUGAGCCUCUCAAAAAAUAAAAACAAAUUUAAAAAAAAAGCUGCUGAAUAUUCAAAAGAUAUAUAUUUUACCUUAUUGUAGGUUUUGUAAAUUUAGUCUGUAAUAUUCAGGUGCACCUUUUAAUGUUAACUUUUUGUUUCAGAGUCCCAUCUAAUGUAUUUUCUCUGAGGUGAUUCAUCGCGUGAGACUAGUAUCACUCCAAGUGCUGCAGUGAUCACGAAUAUUUCCUUUCCUUUUUCACUACGGAUUUUUUACAGGCGCUUUCAGUGUAGCUAACUAGUAGUAUAUGGGAUCAUUUUAAAUAUAUGAUUGGGAUUAAUGUUUGUCCAUUAGCAUGCUUGAUUUUCUGCUGACCAGCAGUUUGCAUGGCCAAAAUCCCUGGUUGACCAUAUUUUGGUGUGGGAAGGUGUGGUUCACUGCUGUCUGUGUAGCAAAAGCCUUGUUUCUCAUGUUAUUUCUGCUAAGUGGAUGCUUAUGUUACUUGGAUCACUUGGACAGGAGCUAAGGUUUAGAAUCUUCCUCCUGCUGCUCUUUUGAGAUCGCGUUGACGUGUAACGUAGACAAACCGCAGCUCUGUAGAAACGGAGGCAUCGAUAGGAGGAGGCCUUGCGGGUAUUUUUCGUCACUAGUUUUCUCUUUCUCCCGAGAACGUCCGGCCGGUGUAGUGAUUGGACUUAACAGUAUUGUUGUGUACUACGUUGAUGUAGCUGAAGAAGCCUGACAGCGAGAAACUGUGAAUAAUAUUUGUGGCAGUCUCUGAAAACUAGUUUUUCAGUCCAAGUAUCAUGAAGGAGAAUCCCUCUCCCCUGCCCCCAUCCUAGAAAAGUAAUUUUAUAUUUUGUGUGUAUAAAGUUUUAAGACUCAAGUUUCAUAUUGUACUGAAGUUUAGGUGUCGCUUGGUAAAUCUUUGCUGCAGCAUAUAAUUGAAGAUGAGUAAGGCUUAGUGUGGUAGGGGUCCUGGUGUGGAGUUAAUUAUCGUACAGUUCUGGUGAGAAAGCCCAACAUGUAUGAAAUGUGUCCUUUAUUUCACUUUAUUUCAUUUUGUUUGGACUUGUAAGAUGUAAAAGUGCUUUUUUAGAACUCUGACCUAUUACAAACUAUUACCUCACUUUCAGCCAGCUGGAUCCUCAUUCCGCAGUGUUGUAGGCAUUAUUGUGGCUGUAAUGCUUGAGUACAGCUAUACAGUUGAACGUUUCCAGUUGGGUACUGUAGGGACACGUAUCUGGACUUGCUUUUUUAUUUCCCUCAGAAGGCUUUUUGUUUUUUUUCCCCAGUCAUUUGCUAAUGUUUUUUUAAAAGCUCAAGAUGGUUUCCUUGAGAAUUUCUCCUUUCUUCCUGUUAAGUGGGGAUAAACAAGGAGAGGUAGCUACACGAGCGGUGCAGGUAUGCCUUUGCUUUCUCCUCUUUGCAGAUCUCCUAAUUUGAUGCUCACGUGACCAACCCCAUUGCUAGACCUGAGGUUGAGCUCUGAAUUUUCACUGACACCAGAAAAGGAAUGUUGUUAACAAAUGCAGAUGUACAGAUAAGGCGGUGCCUCUAGUAAGGGAACACGUUCAAGCAAUUCUUGUACCAUCCUUCUCGUGGAGCUUUCUGGUGUUCAAGGACAUUCCCAAACGUGACAGGCAACUGCAGGUGUGUUUAGACCGGUUGGGAACAGACAAGGAACGGUCUGUGCUUUGUCUUGUGGCAGACCAAUACUGGAGUCUGACUCUUUCUUUCAUGAGGACCCAAGGGUACAUUGCCUUCCCCCAGAAAUUCACAGGAACCGCCAACGUGAUUCAGAGGCUUUAGGGCUGAGUAAGCUUUGUAUAGGUUGGAACAACUUUUUAGUUCUGAUUGAGUUGCUUUUUAUAUCAUCUGCAAUGAGUGUUAUACAGGCAAAACUGGAAUUAUUGUGUUUCUUUUCAGUUUACUUUGGAUUAAUGCUCUUAAGAUGUCCUUGAGUCUUAGCAGGAGAACACGGUGUCCAAGGAGUGAAGGGAACGCUGCGCUGUUCCCUUGUUUCUCAAAAACAGUGUGGCAACAUCUUGUAAUGUAAAGAGCUUUUCUUCAGCGAAGACAAAAUUUUAACUCUUCAGUGUAAGAAUGCAUACACCUGUCACGGUCCAAACUCUUACGAAGGCAAAUUUAUUCAUCUGUACUGGAAACUAUCACAGUAUUUAAAAUAUCUUCAAUUCUCUGCCAAAUGUUAGAGGUAGGAUGGGAGGGCUGUUUCUCUCUUACUCAGGAGGAACUUCUAGGUUUUCCCCACAGAUGUUUCAGAAACAAAACGUAGAUUCAGUCUAUGUCAAUAUUGUUCGGCACCGGUAGAUAAUGUUGGCUAAUAUUGGUCUUAAAAGCUAUACCUAAAAGAACAUGUUCUGAGAGUAAUUUUGGUACUAUCAAGGUUUCUACUCGAGUUAUGUGGAAAACUCAGUGAUUAGAACCUUCAGAAACCUGAAAAUCUGCACUGCUAGUUCUGUUAGAUGUAGCAAAUGUAAUAAUCACUACAGUUAUUCAUUUCUAAUUAUCCAGUAUAUAAACACGAUGUACCGUGGUGAUCUCUAAGCAGAGAGAGAUUGUAGACUCAGAAUGAUCCAUAGAUGCACUCCACAUACACCAGAAAAAAACCGCACGUAGCUACAGCGUUCCAGCGUCCGUCUCUCUCCCAGUCUUGGUUUGACUGGGCCAAGUCUGUAUAAUGACGUUACAGCAGCAGUUUCACGUCCUGUCAAAUUAUGCCUUUAUUCAGGUAUUGUCACGGAAACCUUAGUAUUAGGGAGCUGUACCUAAUCCUGACAGAAGUCUCUUACCCAGCUGCAAAAUCUGUUUCCCUGGGCUGGGUGCUGGAAGGCUGGCUUUUCUUCAGCCUGUCCUGGGAUAUUUCAUUCACCUUUUCUAAACACGAGCGUUCCCUCACCCCCUACCCCCGUGGUUGUCUCUGCUUCAUUGGUAAGUAUAACCUAGAAGCGCUCAAGAAGCUAAUUCUACCUGACAGAGCAGGGAUUAGGGGACAGACUUCGUUCUGACUGGAGCAGGAAAAGUUAAUGUCGAAGUAAUUUCUGUAGUCGUUACCUAAUGCAGUCUCGGUGUGUUUUCCUACUCAGAAACAAUGAAGAUGCUACUGCAGUGACUAAUACAGUUUAUCAACCACUUGGUGCUACAUUUCUCAAAUAUUUUUGCAGAUGAUAUUUUUUACGCCUGCAUGAAAGCAUGUAAACUUUACUGUCACUGUAAAAAGCACUUGUCUGACCUAUUCUAAAGUAUCAGAAAAGGGAUAAAUAACUGCAGCACUUUUUCUGUUACAAUGCCAGAGUCUUAAUUAAAUCUGGUCUUCAGGUUAUGAGAAAUCUUAAAUGUACAAUCUAGGAUCGUUAACAGCUUUUCAGGUCAGGUCACAAGUUCUCUUGGGAUGCCAGUCUGUCUUUUACAGAGCAGAAGGAGGAGAUGUUCUGAAGUUCAGGCAGGGGAUGUACGCAUGCCUGAUGUUUUUAACCGAUCGUUGCAAUAGGCCGUUCCAGGGCUUGACAUUUGGAGAAUCUGGGAUGAUGGGUAGGGAAAGGGAAGUUUCCCAAACCGAGACAUCAGUUGGACCAUUGUUUAACAUUCAGUUUGAAAAAUAUAUCACAAGAAAAAAUGGGUAGGGAUUCUUUCUCCCUUAUGCCUUCAGGGAAUGAGUAGUAUUUAGAAUCUCUGGCUGAAAUUCAAGCCUUUUUACCAUGUAAAUUUUUAAUAUAAACUCAUUGACAUGCUUUUUACAUCUGAGGACUGAAAAUGAAUCUUAAUGUUUAAGUUGUGGAAUGGUAUAUUUCUUAAAUGAAGGGGGAACAUUUAAAAAAAAAAUAGAUUAGAAUACCAGCAUUAGUGAGCUUAAGGAAUUUUAGUAUGUAAUAGCAAAGUAGAGCAAAGUAUUUGAUUAAAAAAAUUAAUCUUGAAUUGCUAGUCUGUAACUAGGUGCAUUCUAAUUUAGCAGGUGAAUAUUCUUUACUUAUCGAUAUAUGAUGGGCUUUUUGCAAAUAGAAACCUUUAUCUGAGUCCCACGUGUUGCUUGUACUGAUGGGAUCUAUGCUUACAGCAGCUUACUGCUGCUUUAAAAUGUAUAAAAUAUGUUUUGAGUGUUUGCUCAUAACUCUUUCUAACCUCCACUUGUUAAAUUGUCAGACAUUGGUAUUUUAUCAGUCCGCAGUGUAAGUGAAACUAAUGUUCUUAGGAAUCCAACUUGUACACACACUGUUUAAAAACCCUCAGGGACAGUUUACACACUAUCCUCACUCAAUUCAGGUACUUGUACUCUCUUCUUAAACCUAGCAGUGACUUGUAUUUUGUUUUGCUUUUCUUUUGACGUGCUGAUAGCACAUCCUUGAUGAAUGUCAACUUAAAACUCAGUUCAGGUAUCCAGGUAUAACUCAGCCAAACGGAUUUUAAAGCUGCAUAUUUACUCUCCAGCACACAGUGCCUCAGACACUUAUAGUGGCAUUCUGUAUAUUCAGUUAUUACUACUGAGCAGAUCGCGUGGGGGUUCCUGGUAUGUAUUGUAAGAAAUUCCUAUGUAUAUUAUAUAAUAUGUAUUAUAUUAUAUACAUAUAUAGUAUAUAUGUUAUCUUAAACUUAUAUAUUUUAAAAUGCCACUACUAGCCAGCGCAGCUAAAAAAGAAAUACAUUCCCAGCCGCUGCCGUGCCCUGCGGAGGCGGCUCCUUAACGUGGCUCUUGCUUCUCUCUCACCAUAACUACUUCUAACCUCAAGCACGGGUCCUUGGCUGUCUGACCUCUACACUCUAGUUAUGCAAUGUCCUUAGAGAAUUCUGUGCACUGGCCACUGUGAUGGAAACCAAUGGGCCGGGAGUGCUUUGAGUUUAUGAGUAAUUGUUCUGCCAAAGUUUGGUGUUUGUACGACAAGCGUGUAAAGCUGUCGGAUAAUGGGCAGAGGUCUGCGGCGGCUGCUCGCCGCCCGGCUGCGCUGCGGCCCUGGCGUGAGCUCUGCUGCUCUGCUCUCGCCGGAACCUGCUUGCAGUCGCGCGUCAGCAACACCUCUGCUUUAUUAUUUGACACUUUGCAUCUAAAAAGUCUUCUCUUUCUAUUUAUGUAACCCAUAGUCUUUGAAGAGUAUGGAAAAUGGCAUUUCUCUCUGACCUCUAGAAGUUCAAGUGUCAUGGGAAAAAAAAAAAAAAAAAAACAGGAACCCCCCCCUUUACUCUUAUGGACCUCAUUUCAAUAUACUGUUUACAGUUUGACGGAAUUGUAUAAUUUAAUAUUUCUCUUGUACUGUAGUUUAUAUUUAUUUACAGAUUUUUUUUGUACUGUGUGAUUUGAAUUUUUUGUUCCUUGCUAUGAUCAAUGUUUUAUGUAGUAGAGCACUUAUGAUCACAAAUUAAGGUUUUUGGUUUGAUUGCACUACAUUAAUUUUUUUUUUAAUGCAGUUCUGAUUUUUUGACUGGACUAAAUAAGCUGUGUCUUAAUGUAUGUGAUAAGUACUUUUAAAUUUUUAUUUCACGUGGUCCAUUUAUUUUUUUGCAUUGUACGUCAAAGCGCUAAUUCUCUUGUUGUGCAUGUGUAAGAUUUAAUGGCUCCAUUGUAUUAUUUGACCAUGUCAUUUUGGAAACACAUUCCCAGCUGUAACGUUGUGUAUGGUAGUUUUCACUGGAUGCUAGACUUUUCAAAACCACUAUUCUUCUAAUAAAUUUUGUUGUGAAAAACUU